AUGAGAAGUCCGCUGCAGCUGCCGGCGCCCGUGGUGCUUUCGCUGUUGAUCCUUGGCUCAGGGCAUUAUGCUACUGGAUCAGACCUCAAAGACACCGACUUUGGGAAAGAGGACCCAUUUUCUGGGGACCACAGUACAGAUGAGUUGGAGGUGACAGUGACCUCAACAAGUGAGCUAUCAUCAGGAAGUGAGAUUUCCCCAGUGAGUGAAAUGCCUUCUGGGGGUGAACUGUCCUCAGGGACUGACUAUGAGUAUUCAGAAGAGUAUGAUAAUGAACCACAGAUAUCCGGCUAUAUUGUGGAUGAUUCAAUCAGAGUUGAACAGGUAGUUAAACCUCCCCAAAACAAAACAGAAAGUGAAAAGACUUCAAACAAACCGAAAAGAAAGAGAAAAGGUGGCAAAAAUGGAAAAAACAGAAGAAACCGGAAGAAGAAAACACCAUGCGAUGCAGAAUUCCAAAAUUUCUGCAUUCACGGAGAAUGCAAAUACAUAGAGCAUCUGACAGUAGUAACUUGCAAAUGCCAUCAGGAUUACUUCGGUGAACGAUGUGGGGAAAAAUCUAUGAAGACUCAGAGGGUUAUUGACAGUGAUUUAUCAAAAAUCGCUUUAGCAGCUGUAGUUGCUUUUGUUUCUGCCGUGAGCCUCGCAGCUGUUGUUGUUGUUAUCACAAUUCAGAUUCGAAAGCGCUACUUUAGUGAAUAUGAAGGAGAAGCAGAAGAAAGAAAGAAACUUCGACAAGAAAAUAACGCACAUACCAUUGUAUAA